AUGGCUACUACUAGUACUCUUGAAGAAUCUUUCAAAGAAAACCCUCAGAGCCUUCAACACAUUCUUCCUAUAGAUUUUCAUUCAAUCCAAGAAGUUCCAAACUCUCAUUUAUGGCCUAAUAUCAAUAAUUCCCCAAUUAGUCAUGAUGAAAAAAACCCUAAUGUCCCAAUAAUUGAUCUUUUAGCCCCUAAUGUUGUGGAACUUAUAGGUCAUGCAUGCAAAACAUGGGGGAUAUUUCAAGUUGUUAAUCAUGGAGUUUCUUUAGAACUUUUUGAUGAAGUUGAAUCUCAGGCAAGACGGAUUUUUGCCUUGCCAGCAGAACAGAAGGUGAAGGUCGUGAGAUCGACUAGUGGCGCCACCGGCUAUGGCACAGCUCGAAUUACGCCGUUCUUCUCGAAGUUCAUGUGGCAUGAAGGGUUCACCAUUAUGGAUUCACCCCUUGAUCAUGCUAAGGAACUUUGGCCACAUGACUAUCAAAAUUUUUGGUAA